AUGGCAGAUAAAUCCAUGGGAAGCCAUUAUGAAGAUUUGAUGCCCGUUAUGGCGGAGAAGCUAGAUGUGGAUACCUUCGUGUCCGAACUCUGCGCGGGAUUCCGGCUUCUGGCAGACCCCGGAAGGGGGUUGAUUACAUCGGAGAGUCUGAGGAAGAAUUCUGCACUUCUGGGUAUAGAAGGGAUGAGCAAAGAAGAUUCAGAGGCGAUGUUGCGCACAGGGGACCUUGAUGGAGAUGGGGCACUCAAUGAGACCGAGUUUUGCAUCCUCAUGGUUAGACUAAGCCCUGGAAUGAUGCAAGAUGCAGAAACAUGGCUUGACAAGGCACUUGAUCGAGAGCUGGGACAAUCCUCUUCUUAUUAGCUGAUCUUGGUAAUGUAAUCAUCAUACCAAUAAUCAAUAUUUUGUUCCUACUUUAGUUCUAUAUUAAAUAGUUGGGAAAAUGUAACGAGAUCUAACAGAGGAACAGAAAUCAUUGAUAUCCCAGCCAACAUGACUGUUGAAACCCAUUUCACAAACCAGCUGACUAUUGCCCUUGAGCUUUGGUCUGACAGUCUCAGUUUCAAAUGGGUCCCUAAACUAAUUUUUGUCUCAAUUUUAAAGUGGGGAUAUUGAAACCCCCAUGUUCACCAUACAAUCGCCGGAAUUUUCUGGUGUAGGCGAUGCCAAGACAUAAAGUCAAAUAAAACACCGACGCCAUCGGGAGAGGGAUUAUAUAUACAACCCAAAUCAGCUAAAAAAAAGACCCAUAUAGAUGCUUGUCAACAUAUUCAUACCAAGC